AUGGACAUUCUCUCGGAAGUUGGCGCGCCCGCCGUGGCGAUGGGAACCGCCUUUUCCCUUGCCGCCGGCGCCUACCUGAAUGCAAAGCUCUCGAUCGGUACUGACUUGACGGUUUUGAAGAAUGACCGUGCCUUUGGGCAACGUCUCGGUGAGCGUAUUGGCAAGCUGGGCGAAUCUCAAACUAUCUACAAGAUGCUCCAACGAGUCGUUGAGGUCGAAGGCCAGGGAACUGCAGAUGCGCUCUGGUUUGAACACAAGACCUGGUCAUACAACCAAUUAAAAGAGCUGGUUGAUCGAUUCGCUGCCUUGCUACACGCACGCGAUGUGAAGAAUGGCGAUAUGGUGGGAGUUUUCACGACAAAUUCGCCUGAGAUGGUCGUGACCCUCUAUGCACUGUCCAAACUUGGUGCAGUUGCGGCCAUGAUCAACACCAAUCUGCGAGACGACACAUUCAUCCACUGUCUCGACGUCUCUGGGUCGACGUCGAUUAUCUCGACCCCAGAUAUCGCGCAACACGUUUGCGCUGAUCUACCACACUUAUCAUUUCAUUUCUCCUCCUUCGAGGGAGUCUCCUGUGGUGAUGUGGAACUUAUCACGCAAGCCGAAUUGCAACAAUUCUCACCAGCCGGACUAGCACCAGCUAAGCGCACACCGAAGGAUCUCACAGCUUUGAUCUACACAUCCGGAACAACAGGCAAGCCCAAGGCUUGCGCUGUCCGAAACAUGAUGGCUCUAAUCACCUCCAACCCCCUCUCCGCCGACGUCAACGAUGCUUCCAAAUACUACCCGCUUCGCACAUACUCAGCUCUACCGCUAUUCCACGGCACAGCCUACUUCACCGGCCUAUGUUACUCGUUCUGGAAAGAUGUCCAUGACUCCGGAGCCACUCGUAUCCUGUACAUCGCAGCCGGCAACGGACUACGAGGCGAGAUUUGGGAGAAAUUCAAGAGUCGGUUCGGCGUGCAUGAGAUUCGCGAAUUCUAUCGCUCAACGGAAGGAUUGGCCAAAUUCGACAAUCAUGGUCCUGGCGUAUGGGGCGCUGGAAAGGUGGGAUUUUCCGGUCCCAUUCGUCGGUUCUUGGAAGAUGAUACGUUCAUUGUUAAGUAUGAUAAUGAUACGGAGAUGCCGUUCCGCGAUCCCGAGACUGGUUUCUGCGUGAGGGCUGGUCUGGAUGAGGAGGGUGAGGCUAUUGGUCGUGUGCGUGAUCGUGACUUGUUGACGGAAUACUUGCAUAAUCAAGAUGCUACUGAAGGGAAGCUUCUUCGGGAUGUUUUUCAAAAGGGUGAUCUUUUCCAGCGGACGGGUGAUCUAGUGGUGCAGGAUCGGUCUGGAUGGGUCAGAUUCCAGGACCGUGUUGGUGAUACUUUCCGCUGGAAGGGUGAGAAUGUUAGCGCGGGAGAGAUUCGUGACCAUAUUUGUCGUAUUGAGGGCGUGCACGAUGCUGUUGUGUACGGCGUCAAACUUGCUGGAUACGAUGGUCAGGCUGGCGCUGCAGGGAUCACACUUGAGGAACAUUCCCCUGCCUUUGAAGCCGAGCUCGCUUCGAAAUUAUACCCUGAGCUGAAGAAGCGUGGUGUGCCAUCAUAUGCAUUUCCGCGUCUUGUGCGAUUCAUUGAAAAGGUUUCAACCGGUGUUACUUUCAAGCAGGCUAAAGGUGAUCUGCUGAAGAAGGGGUGGAACCCCAAACCAGGACUCUGCCGGGACAGUCUAUACUGGCUCAACGGAACUAAUUACGAGAAGCUUGAGGACAAUAGCUGGUCAUCCAUCGAGAGCGGCAAGGCGAAGCUGUGA